AUGGCACUACGAAAAAUCGCAAUUAUCCCGAGUUUGCAGACGACGGUAGCAAAAAAUUAUUGUCAUUGUCGUAGACGAGAGAUAUCCAAAAACAGCGAUCGGCGACGACGUUCGGAAAAAAUUCGCACGUACCUACGUAAAAUAUCACGCGGUAACAACACUGCCGGUGCGCGAUGCGACCAAGUUUCGGCGUACGACGGACGACAUUUCCCGGACGAGACCGGACGAGCGUACGCGGUUCACGAUCACAAUGAGCCCGUUUCACGGCCACACGCCAACGUCCGCCACUGCGUUCGAUUCGGCGGCGCCCGUUGGUGGGGACCCGGCGGCGGCGGCAAUGGUACACGUCGAGAAGAGUAG